AAACUGCAGAGAAAAUCUAAUGGAUGAAGAUGAGAAAGACAGAGCCAAGAGAGCUUCUCGAAACAAGUCUGAGAAGAAGCGUCGGGACCAGUUCAAUGUUCUCAUCAAAGAGCUUAGUUCCAUGCUCCCUGGCAACACGCGGAAAAUGGACAAAACCACCGUGCUGGAAAAGGUCAUCGGAUUCUUGCAGAAACACAAUGAAGUCUCAGCCCAAACGGAAAUCUGUGACAUUCAGCAAGACUGGAAGCCUUCAUUCCUCAGUAAUGAAGAAUUCACCCAGCUGAUGUUGGAGGCAUUGGAUGGCUUCAUUAUCGCAGUGACCACAGACGGCAGCAUCAUCUAUGUCUCCGACAGUAUUACGCCUCUCCUCGGGCAUUUGCCGGCGGAUGUCAUGGAUCAGAACUUGCUAAACUUCCUUCCAGAACAAGAACACUCAGAAGUGUAUAAAAUGCUCUCUUCGCAUAUGCUCUUGACGGAGUCACCCUCCCCAGAAUACUUAAAAUCUGACAACGAUUUAGAGUUUUAUUGCCAUCUUCUCAGAGGCAGCUUGAACCCAAAGGAAUUUCCAACUUAUGAAUACAUAAAAUUCGUAGGAAAUUUUCGCUCUUACAACAAUGUGCCUAGCCCCUCCUGUAAUGGCUUCGACACCACCCUCUCAAGGCCGUGCCGUGUGCCACUAGGAAAGGAAGUCUACUUCAUUGCCACUGUGCGUCUGGCAACACCACAGUUCUUAAAGGAAAUGUGCAUAGUUGAUGAACCGCUAGAGGAAUUCACUUCAAGGCAUAGCUUGGAAUGGAAAUUUUUGUUUCUGGAUCACAGAGCCCCUCCCAUCAUAGGCUACCUGCCUUUUGAAGUGCUGGGCACCUCGGGUUACGACUACUACCACAUCGACGACCUGGAGCUCCUGGCCAGGUGCCACCAGCACUUGAUGCAGUUUGGCAAAGGCAAGUCGUGUUGCUACCGGUUUCUGACCAAAGGGCAGCAGUGGAUUUGGCUGCAGACACACUAUUACAUCACCUACCACCAGUGGAACUCCAAGCCCGAGUUCAUCGUGUGUACGCACUCAGUGGUCAGUUACGCAGAUGUCCGGGUGGAAAGGAGGCAGGAACUGGCUUUGGAAGACCCACCUGAGGCCAUGCACCCCUCAACACUAAAGGACAAGGGCUCCAGCCUGGAACCACAACAGCCCUUCAGCACACUGGACACGGGCACCUCCGGCCUUCACACCAGCCCCUCUCCAUCAGCGUCUUCAAGAAGCUCCCACAAGUCUUCGCACACGGCCAUGUCUGAACCCAACUCUACCCCAACCAAGCUAAUGGCAGAGGCCAACACCACUACUUUGCCAAGAUCAGCCACCCUGCCCCGAGAGUUACCAGGACCUGGGGCCAGCCAGGCCACCACAAUGCCGGCUCCUCUGCCAUCAGCGUCGCCUUGUGACAUCACGCAGCAGCUCCUGCCACAGACUGUAGUGCAGAGUUCUCCUGUUCCAAUGACCCAGUUCUCAGCACAGUUCAGCAUGUUCCAGACCAUCAAAGACCAGCUGGAGCAGCGGACACGGAUCCUGCAGGCCAAUAUCCGGUGGCAGCAGGAAGAGCUGCACAAGAUCCAGGAGCAGCUGUGCCUGGUCCAAGACUCCAACGUCCAGAUGUUCCUGCAGCAGCCGGCCGUCUCCCUGAGCUUCAGUAGCCCCCAGCGGCCUGAGACCCAGCAGCAGCUACAGCAGCGGACUUCAGGGUCUCAGCCCCAGCUCGUGGUGAGCCCUCAGCUCCCAGGGCAGAUGACCUCGGCCCCGGUCAGCAGCCAGCACCUGCUCAGAGAGUCGAGUGUGAUAUCAACGCAGGGUCCCAAGCCACUGAGAAGCUCACAGCUGCUUCAAGGGGGCAGCCGCCCAGUGGGCAGUUUGACGUCCCCGUUCACCAGUGCCACGGCUGUGCUGCCACCAACUCUGAACUUGACCACGCCUGCUCCCGCCUCCCAGGAGGCCAGCCCGUGCCAGCCCAGUCCCGAUUUCAGCCACGAUCGGCAGCUCAGGCUGUUGCUGAGCCAGCCUAUUCAGCCCAUGAUGCCUGGAUCUUGUGAAGCGAGACAAUCCGCAGAGAUAGGCAGGACUGGACGGCAAGUCAAGUAUGCGCAGAACCAGGCUCUGUUUCCAAGCCCAGAUGUGCACCCCGCCAGCAGCAGCUCCUCCACCCCCAUCCUGCUGAUGGGCCAGGCCGUGCUUCACCCCAGCUUCCCCGCAUCCCAGCCAUCAGCCUUGCAGUCAGCUCAGGCCCAGCAGCAGCCACAGCAGCACUACCUACAGGCACCAGCGUCCUUGCACAGUGAGCAGCAGGACUCAUUCAUCCUCUCCACCUACUCCCAACAGCCGGGGACCCUGAGCUACAGCCCUCUGCCACCGCCCCCCGUGCAGCCCCAGCCCCAACGGCCACCCCGAAGGCUCAGCAGUCUGUCUGAGUCCGCUGGCCUCCAGCAACCACCUCGGUAGUCUUCGCCUUGGGACUGAAGUCGGACGUAAUCAGCUUUAACCAAUGGAGUGAGGGGAGGGAUGGUGGCUCUGGGAGUUUGAGUGACACCCUAGGCUUUUGUGCAUACAUCUCAGAGUUACCAGGUAAUAAACACCUCGCGCGCUGGGCGCUGGGCACGCUGCCGGUACAGUGGGAAAUGACCCGGAAUACCAGCUGUGUCUCCCUUGCCUCCGAGCUUCUGGGGCGCACUCUACAGCCAUAAGGAACGGAACCGGACCGGUGCACACCUGUGGCUCAGUUGGCCUUCGCAGAGAGCACACCUUGCCGCGUCCUCCAGCGUGCAGGGGCCGCUCCCCUGGAACCGGCCCGUCCACUCCCGCUUGCUGGCCUUCACACUCUAGGUGGGUUUUCCUUUGCAUUUGAAAAGGACUGAGUCAGAGAUGUACAAGAGAAAGAGAAUGAAGAGGUUAUUUUUUCAUUAUUUCUAAAUGGUUAUUUUUGUUUUAAUUUGCACAGCUGCACAGAGAAAAUAACUUAGGCACUUUUUUUCCUUUUUUAAUAAUAAGGUCUCAUGACUUCACGUGGAGGCCUCGGUUAACAAAAACAGCUCACUAAUCAGAUAGCAACGCUGGUUGUUAUUAGCCAAGCUGCAGUUCGUCCCCUCUGGUGUAAACCCUAAAGGAUUGAGGUUCUUCACCCCCUGCCCUACUGGUGGUGAUCUUCCCCCUUCGUUCCCCACCCCACCCCGACCCCAGCUCCCACCCCACCUUCCAACCCCUCACUUCCUUCCCCCAAUAGAACACUGGACUAUUUCCUGUUUACCUUGUUGAUUGCAACUACAGAGGUGGACUUAAGCACAACAGCAGCUGAGGAACUCUAGUGAGGAUGGGAGGCUUGGAGGCCUGAGGGUUGGGAAGUGGGGUGCUGCAGGCCUGGGAGGGCCCCCCAUCACCUGGGGCCCCUGGAGGCCUGAGGGUUGGGAAGUGGGGUGCUGCAGACCUGGGAGGGCCCCCCCAUCACUGGGGCCCCUGGAGGCCUGAGGGUUGGGAAGUGGGGUGCUGCAGGCCUGGGAGGGCCCCCCAUCACCUGGGGCCCCUGGAGUGAGAACCCUGCAUCUUUCUCGAUGUCUUUCAUGAUGCUCCAGCGGUUGCAUUUCCCUUUUCCAAAUGCACUUUGCUUUUUUUGUAUGUUUUGUUGAGAUGUUUCUAAAGAAAAGAUUUUAUGUAAUUAUAAGACGAAGUGUAGUGAAUUGUACAGCUGUUGUAAUAAUGAACUAUUUCUAUAUAAAAUAAAAUUGUAUGGAUGAUGUGUAAAUUA